AUGUCAUGGGACGAGAAACUAAAUGUAGAAUUUGAAAGCAGCUGGAAAGAUUUUGUAACACGAAUUUCAUAUCUACAAGACGUGCAAAUACCCAGAUGGCUGAACACUUCUUCCAAAAAUAAUAUUAAAAUUUUGGGAUUUGCUGAUGCAUCAGAGAAGGCGUAUGCUGCUGUGGUAUAUGUUAAAACCGAUAAAGGUGUCUCUCUGCUAGCUGCAAAGAGUAAAGUAAACCCAAUUAAAAACAAAAAGACUCUGCCUAAAUUAGAGUUGUCAGCAGCCUUUUUGCUUGUAAGGCUAUUGAAAAAGUCCUUAUCCUUAUCCCCUGCAGAAGUUAUCACUUGCUCCACUACUUCUACCAAGGUUACGCCCACUUUAUUGAAUGAUUUGAUGAAAGGAAAUCGAUCAUUUUCGAGGUAUUUAACUCGAGAAGAGCUAAUGAAAGCAGAAAAGUAUGCAGUGAAAGGACAUCAGACGAUGGAAUGGCCAAUGGAAUUACGAAAACUGGUAAAUAACCUCCAACUAGAUCAUCGUCAUAAGCUGGCUACGUUGCAUCCAUACGUGGAUGAUGACGGAGUUAUGAGAGUCGGAGGUCGACUACAGUAUUCUAUCCUGAAAUUUGAUCGAAAACACCCAAUGAUAAUACAGAAGUCAACUUUAUCAACAUUAAUUAUACAAGAAGCCCACAACAGAACUAUGCACGGAGGAAAUCGAAUGGUGGAAAGUACAGUCAGAAGAAAGUUUUGGAUAAUGAACUUAAGAAACGGUGUAAAAAAGGUCAUACGAAGUUGUCCAGUGUGUAUCCGUUAUAAACAACAAAAUACACAGCAAUUAAUGGGAAUUCUUCCCGAUUAUCGCGUGAAAGUUUCAUUUCCAUUUUAUCAUUAUGGAAUUGAUUAUGCCGGACCGGUGUUAAUGAAGUUCUCUAAUGGUAGAGGACAAAGGUCGUUCAAAGGUUACAUAGCCGUAUUUAUUUGUAUGAAAAACAGAACAGUUCACUUGGAGGCGGCCAGUGGCCUCACCACGGAGGCAUUUAUGGCAGCGCUUUAA